AUGAUUAAAUAAUAUUGGCUAGAGUAUCAAUAAUUUACUAUUGGAUUUUCACAAAUUAUACUUUCAAGAGAUUCUAAAUAUUUCUGGAUCUUUAUUGAAGUAGUUGGUCAUUUUUAAAAACUAGCAUUACUUUUUCUCUUUAAUAUUAUUAUCGAAAUUCUUGAAAUUAGAAUUUAUGAUCACAAUCUUAAAACUACUAAUAAUUACUCUUUGUUUGAGUUGAUUUCAAAAAUUACUGUUCCUACUAUUCUAUUACUAGAGAGUUUGCCUAAUUUUGGAAUUAUAAUUAUACAAUCAUUGAUUAUUUUUUUCCUUUUUGGACCUAUUUUAUUUACCUUCUUUACUAUGCAUAAAGAGAAAUUUGAGUAUUCAACAAUUAAAUAUUGUUCUUCAAUUGAUGAUCAAGAUAAUCUAAAUUGUAUAGUAUUUAAAUAUAUCAUUUUAGAUAAUCUAAAUUUGUUAAAUCGUUCCUACAAUAUGCACAAUUACAUUGAAUAUUUUUUAUAAAAAUAAUUCAUGGGUAAUGAAUAAUCAUCUUUUCAAUAAAUGGAGAAAUUUGCUUAAGCAUCAUUUUUUAAUAUAUAUCCUCAUAUAAUUGUAAUACCAUUACUAAUUUGGAACCUAUUUGUUUGGUAAAUUAUCAAUUAUGAUAAUAAUCUUAAUAGUAUUCAAUUAGGUCUUAUGAUCUUCUUUAGUAUAUUUACUAACGUUGGAACUAUUCUACUAUGGUAUUUAUCAAUGCAAAUUUAAUAAACUUAUACUAUCAAAGACCAAAAUCAUUUAAGAUUAGUAAAAUCAUUUUGGUUUAAUUUAUCAUAAUUUAUUAUACUUUUACCAGUGAUCAUCUAGUAGUUUUAUUUUAUAAUGUAUUCUGAAAGUGAAUAUGAAAAUAAUUCAACACAUUAUUAUUUAAAUAUAGCUAUAAUUCUAAUCAUUUAGAUUGGAAAUUUAAUAGAUUUCUUUAUAUCUCAUCCAUUUAUGGAUACAUACAAAACAUAAACUAUUCUCAUUAUCAUUCCAUUUACAUUAACUGUUAUAAUUUCUCUAUUUUUCUAACAUACUUAAAUUGAAAUCAUCUCAAUUGCUCUUAUAACAGUACCAUUAAUUUCAAAAUUGCUAAAUGAAUUAAACAAAUAUCAAAAUGAAUAAAUUUUAUAUGAAUCUUAAUAUAAAGAAAAAAAGAAAUCAAAAAUAAGAACUCAAACUAAAACUGGACUUCUUGUUGAAGAAGAGUAAUAAUUUGUAAUAGAAAAGGAAUUAAAUAAUUAAAGAUAAAUUUAACUUGAAUUUUUGUAGAAUUAAAAUUCCACCUAUUUUAUUCAAUAUCUAAGAUUAGUAGACUUGAUGAAACUAGAUGAUCAAUAAUCAAUAGAAAAAGACAAUUCUGUCAUCAAUAUUAAUAGAUCUAAAUUCAUAUUAAAUGUGAUAGUUUUAUUAAAGCAACAUAUUAUAUUAUGUGAUAAUAUAUAUUGUUAUUGUAAAGGAUUUAGAGGAGAAACAAGAAGAAUAAUAGAAAAUAAUUAUCAUGAAGUUGAUAUGAAAAUUUACAAAUCGAUUAAGAUAAAAAAUCUCUCAAUAUAGGUUGAAUUGAUUAAAAGAUAUAUCAGAUAUUACACAAAAUUAAUAUUUGAAUUGGAAAAAGAGAAAGGAAAUUUCGAUAUUAUACGAAUUACAUAAUUAUUAACUUAUCUUGGUACUUCAGAGGAAUGCUAUUAGAUUUUGUUAUUAGUAAUGGAAAUGAAAGAGAGAUUGAAUACAUUAUAGAAUAAUUCAUGUAAUGUAGCAAUGACUGUAUUAUUGAGUUAUAUAAAACAUCAGAUUUUAUAAAAGAUGAAUCCUUUAGUAAAAAUAGACGAGGUCGAGGUAGCAUUGUAAUAUAAAGAUUAUCGAAUUACAGAAGUAAGAAGAGAUAGACUGAUAUCUGAAAUGUUUAAUAAUAUUUAAGUAAAAUAUGAAUUCAUUAGAAAAUUGAUUGAUACUAAAUAUAACUAUGAGAAAUUAUACUAAUUGAUUAAUAAUAUGGUAGAUUACAAUUUGGGAGUGAUUAGAAAAAUAGAAUAAUUUAAUUAAUUUUCAUUUUCAAGAACUAGUAUUUUAAUUUAUAUGUUUUAUUCACUUGAAAUUAUUAAUGAUUUUGACAAAUUUAUUAGAUUAAGGAAUUAAUUAAAAACUAAGAAUUAUAAAUUUUUUGAAUUUAAUUUACCAAAUAAUCAUUAAUAAGGUUGGAAAGUGUGUUAUUUUAAAAUUAACUUGGCAAGACAUGCAUAAAAAGGUAAAAUAUAGAGAGGUGAAAUUAUUUAAUUUUCGAAUAAUGCUCCUCAUAUGUUUGGAUAUGGAUAAAGAGAAUUCAAAGAUGAAGUAUUAUCAGUACAUCAAUUAGUAAUUCCUCAUUUAGCAGUAAUUCAUGAUUAAUUAAUUGAAAUCUUUUUGUUAACUAAUAGACCAUAAAUUCUUAGAAAAAAGAGAGGAUUAUUAGGAUACAAAAAGAAUAAAGAUUUGAUUUUUGUGGAAAUGUUUAUUGAUAUAUGUUUUAAUAUAUAAGGAGAUACAUUUCCAAUUUAUUGUUUUUUAAAACAAAUAAAAUCAGAUGGAGCUUAUGAAAAUAUAAAAGGUCAUAUCUUUUUAAAUCAUGAAUUAAGAAUUGAAGGAAUAUCUACAAUGGCUUUAGAAUAAUUUAAAAUGAAAGAUGGAAGAACAUUAUAUUAAAAAAAAAUACACCAUUUAAUCUAGAAUUUUAAGAAAUAUUUAGAUCUGUUAAAUGGCAAAGAAAAAAAGUUUUUAGAAUAAGAAGCUAUUCGUUAUGAAUAGGGAAGUUGUUCUAAGAAAUUAGAUUAUAAUGAAGCAGAAUAAUUAUUAAAUCAUUUCUCUGUUUCAGCUGAUGAUUUAUUAUUUAGAAUACCUAAAGAAGAUACAGUUCCAGAAAUUUAUUGUAUAUCAUGUAAAUUUAUAAUGACUAUUGGAAGAAUCAAUUAAAAAGAAUAUAAAUCAUAUUUAAUUUUACUUUAAAAAAUUACAUAUGCAGAUAAUACAAGUUAAAUUUGGUUAGAAUCUUCAAGAAAUCUAUAAUCAAGAACAAGAACAGAAACUAAUUUUGAUCCAUCUUAAAAUAGAGAUCUUUCUGGAUCUGAAAAACAAGAAGAUAAAAUGUUUACUAAUAGUGAUCAAAAUUGUGAAUUUUCAAACAUUAGUGAAUAAAAACUUAAUUAAUCAAUUAAUUUUUAAGAAUAUUAAUUUCAAAUAGGUCCAAAUUUUUAAAGUCCUUUUGAUUCCUAAAGAGAUCUUCUAUUUCUUGUUAAUGAGGAAAAAAGUUAAACUCCUAAUAUACAUCAUCUAGAAUAAAAUAUUAAUAGUGUUUAAAUUGAUGGACAAAGUCUAUAGUAAUUACAAAUAAUAAAUAAAAGUUAAUAAAAAUUAUAACCUCUACAAAAAUAUCAACAAUCUUAUUUUUAUAAGACUUUUUCAAAGAAAUCAUUUGAUGUUGAUAAUAAUAAUCAAUCAGAAAAUUAAUAAUUUUAAAAAGAAUAAGAAAUUCGUAUUACAUAAACAGCUACUACUGCAAAUAAUGGAUUACCUUCAAUUUUAUAAAAAACACAUCUGUACACUAAAUUCGCUUCUUAAGAUAAUAAUCCAAGAAUAAUCAAUAUGAUUUUAACAAUCGAUUUCUUCAAUUUAUUAUUACUUUUAUUACUAUCCUUUAUAUUCUACUUUAAUUUUUAAUCAAAAUUAGAAGAUAAUAUGAAGAUUGUUGAAAUAUUAAAAGCCUUUGUUACUACAGAUUACACUAAAAGUACAUUAUUAGCUUUAGGAAUUGAUACAAAUUAAUCUAACUAAAAUAAAGAUACAGAUCACUUAAAUAAACUAUUAGAAUUAGUUUAAAAUAACAGUAAAAUUUAUUUGUCUCAUUAUUAAGAAUAUUUAGAUGAUAGUCUAGUCAAAUCAACAUUGUCUAAUAUAAAUAUUAAUUAGUAUGACUUUUACAGUGAAUAAAAUUAAAUAGUAAGUGCAUGGACAGAAUAAUUUUAUGUUAUUUUUAUGUUAUAAGGUUUAUAUGGAAUAGAUCUUAAUAAUGUAACAACUCUCUAACGAUUUAAUAAUUCAUUGACUUCUCUGAUAAGACAAUAUCAUGUACAUAAAGUAACUUAUGAAGAAUUAACAAUUAAAUUCUAAGGUUAAUUAAAUUCAAAUGUUUCAGAUCUAGAAACUGAAUAAAAUCUAUGUUUAAUAAUCUUUACUUUAGCUGAAGUCUUUUUUAUCCUUGCCUAUGUUGUAGUAUUUACUUAAACAUUUAAACUAUUGAAUAGAAUUUUAAGAAGCUGUGAAUAAAUAUCCUUCAAAGCUCUAGAAACUGAAUCAAUUAGAUUACUUUCUUUAUAGCAUCACUAUUAAUAAUCUUCUGAUUUAAAUCUAUAUAAAUUUCAAUUCUAAUUUAAAGACAAAUGUAAUCAAACUAAUAAUUUCACUGAAUUGUUUGGAAGUAAAAGAAUAUCCAUUCGUUAUUAAUAAAUAGUUUAAUAAUUAGAAUAGAAAAAACAAUUUCUUAUUGCUGAUGAAAAACCUUAUUUUCAAAGAUUCUUUUUUCUAUUUUCUAUCAUAACAUAUUUCAUAGGAUUUGCUUACUUUCUGACAGUUAAAUUAUUUAACUCCUAAAAUAUAGAAGAUUUAUAAAAUAAUCUCAAUCUUUUUAAUCAAAAUAUUAUUUACACUGAAUAAUUUUAUCAAAUGAUGAUGGCUGAUUCAGUUUUAUAAAGAUUUUCUAAUUCUAAAUCAAACAUGAAAUAAAGUGAUAUAGUUAGCUAAGAAUAUCAAGAAUUAGUAAAUCAAUCAUACAUUUAAGUUUCUACUUUUACUUAGUAAUUAUCCUCUUCAGCAUAAACAAAUUAUUAUGAUUUAAUGUAAUAUUUAACUACAGAUGCUUGUAUUUUAGUAAAUGAUGAGAUGUGUAGAACUGUAAUUGAUGGAAAACUAUCAUAAGGAUUAAUUUAUUCUAUUGAUUACUUUAAUUAAAAGGUUAGAGAUAAUAUACAAAAUAAUUAUAAUCAAGAUUCUCUAUCAAAAAUAACUAUCUCAGAUUUAUUUGGCUUAAAUUUUAUAAGCAUUGGAUUUGAUACUAUUAUGUUAGAAGGACAAUAUUAUUUAACAAAUAAAUUUCAAGAUGAAAUCAAUACAAGACAAUUACUAUUUGCUUUAUUCAAUAUCGUUUUUUUAAUUUAUUAAGGUUUGGCAUCCUUUUUAUUAUUUCGAUUUUUUAAAAAUCGUUUUUUUAAAAUAAGGCAAUUACCUUACAUUUUACCACCAUAAUCUGUCUACGGCGAAGAUAGUUUUUUAAAAACUUUGGUAUAUGUGGAAAAAAUAUAUGACAAUCUCUCAUAAUGA